CGCAACACGUAAACAAAGCAACGCUGCUGUUUCAAAGAGAAAGAAGGAGAGAGAGAGAGAGAGAGAGAUUGCAAAAGUUUUGAGGACUUUUUUUCUCCAUCUCUUCAGGAAGUUUUCAUUUCAGGACAAUCAUCUGCUAAACCAACAGGCUCUGCAGCUCUUUGAAAUGGAUGAUAUCCAGGUUGUUGAGUCCAAACCCCUGCUGGUUGACAGGGAGCUGCCGGGCUUGAGAGAGGCUGUGCAGCAGCUUGUAACCAAGGAGCACGAUGUGGAGACUCCUAAUGGAAGAAUUCACUGUACAAUGAAGGGGGUUCCCAAGGGGGACAGACCAGUCAUUCUCACCUUCCAUGACGUCGGCCUGAACUACAAAACCUGCUGGAACACGCUCUUCGACCAUGAGGACAUGGCGGAAAUCAUGCAGCACUUUGCUGUGUGUCACGUCGAUGCCCCGGGGCAGCAUGAAGGAGCAAACACCUUUUCCACUGGAUAUGAGUACCCUUCUAUGGACCAACUUGCUGAGUCUCUCCCACUGGUCUUAAAGCAUUUUGGCCUGAAAAGUGUGAUUGGCAUGGGCAUGGGAGCCGGGGCCUACAUUCUGUCCAGAUUUGCUCUGGACUACCCAAAUAUGGUAGAAGGCCUUGUUCUCAUCAACAUCAACUCGUGUGCUGAGGGAUGGAUGGACUGGGCUGCACACAAGAUCAGUGGCUGGACUCACGCAGAGCCCGACAUGAUCAUCACCCACCUGUUUGGAAAGGAGGAAAUUCACCACAACCAUGAUCUAAUUGCCACAUACCGCCACCACAUCAUGAAUGACAUGAACCUGUUUAACCUGCAUCUCUUUGUCAAGUCCUAUGAAAGUCGAAGGGAUCUGGAAAUUGAGAGGCCAGUCCCUGGAAGCCAUGCCAGAACCCUCAAGUGCCCUUCUCUGCUGGUGGUUGGCGAUAGCUCUCCUGCCGUGGAGGCCGUGGUUGAGUGCAACACUAAGCUGGACCCCACAAAGGCCACCCUUCUUAAGAUGGCCGACUGCGGUGGCAUGCCCCAGGUUGACCAGCCUGGCAAGCUGACCGAGGCGUUCAAGUACUUCAUUCAGGGCAUGGGAUACAUGCCUGCUGCCAGCAUGACCCGCCUUGUUCGCUCCCGCACUGCCUCUGGCUCUAGCGUCACCUCGUUCGACGGCAACCGCUCCCGCUCCCACACCAGCGAGGGAAACCGCUCCCGCUCCCACACCAACGAGGGCAGCCGCAGCCGCAGCCACACGACUGAGAAUCCGCACGGCCGCUCCCACACAGACAGCUCCAUGGACACCACGGCCAACAACAACGUGGACCAAGGCGUGAGCAAGUCCGCCGAAGUGUCCUGCUAAAUAACCCUCCACUCAGCAGACAUCCAAACCUCUCAAGGAUCCCCUUCAGUCUCUGCUGCGCUACCUCUAAUUCACACCUGGCCCAUCAACCUGGAAUUGUUUAAAAGAGAGGGGAAAAAAAGAAAUAAAAAAACGCACAAUACACACUCACCUGCAGAUUUCUCAGUGCAGAUGAGUUGCCCUAGUUUGGAAAUAUGUUUGAGUAAGAAGUUGAGGUCGUGUUUAUUGAUUGCAAGCAGAAAAUGUUUGGGGCCACAGUGUAAUUGGAGGCAACGCAGCAUUUGGGACAUCGAAGCAGAGAAUGUCGGAGAAAGCUGUGGCUAAGAGUACACCAGCUUGUAAUAUAUCCCUCAUAAUCUCGCAUACAAAAAAAAAAACAACCUCCCCUUCAUCUUUCCCUCCAACCUCAUUUUUUUUUUGGUCCAUUUUUACCCUACUGACGCAGCUUUCUCAAAUUUACCCGACUGUAAAUGUGUUUCCUGUUCUCACUGUAAUUGUUCGAUCAUUUAUCCGUUUAUUUUUCAUGUAUGAGUUAUUGUUCGUAUGUAGGAGCAGACUUGUAGAUGUGGAGAGUGAAUGGGGAGGCACUACACGUAUAUCUUUGAAAAUUGAAAGGGCAGACUUAAAGUAUAUCAUGCACAGCAAAUUGUUUGACCUUGCAAAUGUCAUUUAUUUCCCCCCCUGUGAAUUUUCUUUCCCCCAAAAGAUUGUUGAAAUAGCAGUUUGCAGGUGAAUUUAAAAUUAAUCUAAAUUGUAUGCUUUGUCGUCAAUCAAAACACUGAAAAACCAAUGCUAAAGCUUCAGGAUCACAUGGUUUAUUAAUGGAUCAAAAACGGCUCUCUCUUAAUGAUUUUUAUGAUGAUUUCUAUGCAAUCAAUGUGCCAUGAAAUUGUUCACCUUUGUUAGAUUGUGCUGCUCCUGUGUGUGGAUUCUUGAGUGAGUGAUAAAAGAGAGGUCCACAUGUAAACACGAGGAUAGCCAUAGAACUUACCUGAUACUUUCUACUCUUUCUUCUGUAUUUUACUUGCACUACAAAAACAUUUGGCUCUGUAGAACACGUACAUACAGCUUUGUAAAUACACAACCUUCUAAUGCUGUAGAAAAGCAUUAAAAUGACAUAACCGUUUGUAUUUAUUAAAAAAUGACAAAAAAAAUGUG